AUGUCCCUUUUCAUCCUAUUAAUCUUGUUCUGCCCUUUUGAUUUUUCCCACUCUUCAUCCAUUUUCCCAUCUUGCAAAUUGAGAAGACAGUUUCGUCUUAAUGGCAUGCACAGACCUGGUGAUGUGAUUCUAGGUGGACUGUUUGAAGUACACUACACCUCUGUGUUCCCUGAGCUAACGUUCACCUCAGAACCAAAUGAGCACAUCUGUCAAGGCUUCGACCCUCCAGGGUUCAGGCAUGCCAUGACCAUGGCAUUUGCCAUCGAGGAAAUUAACAAAAACCCAAAUCUGCUUCCCAAUGUGACUCUGGGAUAUAGCCUUUAUGAUAACUGUGCCACAUUAGUAAUUGGAUUCAGUGCUGCAUUGUCACUGGCCAGUGGUCAAGAGGAGCAGUUUCUACCUCAGGAGAAAUGUUCGGGGGGGCCUCCAGUCCUGGGGAUUGUCGGUGAUUCCUUUUCAACGUUUUCUAUUGCCACAUCUGAUGUAAUAGGUUUAUUCAGAUUGCCUAUCGUGAGUUACUUUGCCACAUGUUCUUGCCUAAGUGAUCGCCAGAGGUUUCCAUCCUUUUUUAGAACUAUUCCAAGUGAUACUUUCCAGGUGCAUGCGAUGAUUCAGAUUUUAAAACGCUUUGGCUGGACAUGGGCUGGUCUGCUGGUCAGUGAUGAUGAUUAUGGGCUUCAUGUUGCCCAGUCCUUUCAGUCAGAAAUGACUCAAUCAGGAUUAGGGUGUCUUGCAUACUCUGAGAUUUUACCAUGGGGUGAAAACCCAGCUGAACUUAGAAGAAUUGUGGAAGAGAUGAAAAAAUCCACAGCUCGCGUGGUUAUCGUAUUUGCACAUCAGAUCAAUAUGAUUCAGCUGAUGGAGGAGAUUGUAAAGCAGAAUGUGACAGGUCUCCAGUGGAUGGCGAGUGAAGCCUGGGCAUCAGCAGCUGUGCUCCAAACACCUCGUCUCAUGCCAUACCUGCGUGGCACACUGGGCAUCGCAAUUCGUCGUGGAGAAAUCUUAGGACUUAGAGAUUUCCUCUUAAGAACAAAGCCUGGGAAUAACAGCAACAAUGAAAACACUAUGAUAAGGCAGUUUUGGGAAUACACAUUUCAGUGUAGAUUUGCUCCCCCUCCAGUAGACUGGCUGGAAGCGGGGGGAGCAUUAUGCUCUGGUGAUGAAGAUUUGGAGACUGUGCAGACAGAGUUCCUGGAUGUUUCUAACCUCAGGCCUGAAUAUAACAUUUACAAGGCUGUGUAUGCUCUGGCAUAUGCUCUUAAUAACAUGUUGCAGUGUCAGCCAGGGAGAGGGCCUUUAAGCAGACAGACCUGUGCCUCUCUGCAAAGACUGGAAGCUUGGCAGCUUAUGUAUUUCUUGGAAAGAGUCAAUUUUACCAUUCCAUUUGGUGAUCAAGUGUCGUUUGAUGAGAAUGGUGAUGCAUUACCAAUAUACGACAUUAUGAACUGGCUGUGGCACCCUGAUGGUGGAAAUCAAGUUAUCAAUGUAGGGGUUGUAAAGAAGACAGAUUUCGGUGGUGAAGAACUCACUCUUAUUGAAGACAAAAUCUUUUGGAACUUUAAAAACAAUCAGCCACCUCAGUCAGUGUGCAGUGAGACAUGUAAUCCUGGGACUCGCAUGGCGAGGAAGAAGGGGCAACCUGUGUGCUGUUUUGAUUGUGUUCCUUGUUCUGAAGGAAAGAUUAGCAACGAAACAAACUCUGUUGAGUGCUUCAGUUGUCAAGAGGAUUUCUGGUCCAGCUCCAAGCGUGAUCACUGCGUUCUUAAGACAAUAGAGUUUCUCUCCUACCACGAACCUUUGGGUGUCUGCUUGACAACAGCGUCAUUGCUGGGAACAUGCAUCUGUAUUGUUGUUUUAGGGAUUUUCACCUAUCACCAUAGCACACCAAUGGUACGCGCAAACAAUUCAGAGCUGAGCUUUCUAAUUUUAGUGUCACUUAAAUUGUGCUUCCUGUGUUCGCUGCUGUUCAUCGGACGACCCAGACUGUGGACAUGCCAGUUGAGACACGCAGCAUUUGGGAUCAGCUUUGUGCUUUGUGUCUCAUGCAUUCUGGUUAAAACCAUGGUGGUUCUGGCUGUCUUCAAAGUCUCCAAACCAGGAGGUGGUGUCCAUCUAAAGUGGUUUGGUGCUGUACAGCAAAGAGGAACUGUUCUUGUUCUCACAUGCAUUCAAGCAGCAAUUUGCACAGUGUGGAUAUCGACUGCCUCACCAGUGCCUCAUAAAAACACAAAGUACCAUAAUGACAAGAUCGUUUAUGAGUGUGUAGUUGGGUCCACAGUUGGUUUUGCAGUGUUAUUAGGGUAUAUUGGCCUACUGGCAAUUAUCAGUUUCCUGUUAGCAUUUCUGGGAAGGAAUCUGCCAGACAAUUUCAACGAGGCUAAACUCAUUACUUUCAGCAUGCUGAUCUUCUGUGCUGUGUGGGUGGCCUUCGUACCUGCUUAUAUUAACUCUCCUGGCAAAUAUGCAGAUGCAGUUGAGGUGUUUGCCAUACUGGCUUCCAGCUUUGGUAUUUUGAUGGCACUGUUUGGACCCAAAUGUUAUUUAAUCUUGCUGAGGCCAGAAAGAAACACCAAGAAAGCCAUCAUGGGUCGUGGAGGUACAAAAUGUUAA